AUGUUGAGGCUUACGAUAGCCAUUCUACAGUUGUUCUUCGUAAUCGGAAAGAUAAUUGUGAUAGAAAAUCCUGGAAGUACGUUCGGUUUGGAGAAUCAAAAAAUUGUGCUCCGAUGUCAUGUGCAUGGAAGUGGAAAUGUUUCUAUUCAGUGGCUCAAAGGCAAAUCACUUCUUCAGUCUAAUCCUCCUGAGAGGAAAGUUAGUACGGAGCUUCAGACUGACGGUUCAUUGUUGUCUUCCCUUGCAAUCCACCUGACACGAAGUGACGAGGGUGAUUAUCAUUGCAACGCAACAGAUGAUAAUGGCUGGCUUCUGUCCCAAAAAGCCGAUGUUCGUAUUGCCUUCUUGGAAGAACAGUUUCUCUUGGAGCCACAAGAUAAAACAGUCAGUGUUGGAGAAACGGUAUUGCUUGAAUGCAAGCCACCAAAAGGUUUGCCUAAGCCAUCGGUUAAAUGGAUAAAAGAUAAUAUUACAGUUAUAGCAGACGAAAGAACACAAAUUUUAGAAAACGGAAAUCUGAGAAUUGAUCGGAUUAUUUGGAAAGAUAGUGGCUUCUACUCAUGUGUUGCCGAAUCUUUCGCUUUCCAUCGUCAAAGUUCUGGAGCUACCCUUACUGUUCGACAACGUCCCUAUUUUGUGUCUUCUCCACUCAGCCAGUCUGUUCCUAUUCACAGUUCGUUUGAACUCAGUUGCAGCGCUGCUGGUGAGCCUCUCCCCGUGAUUGUGUGGCGACGCGAUCCUCCGUUUCUCGAGAUCCCCUUCGAACGAACUCGUUUGUUAUCACGGGGAACAUUACAGUUUAAUCGCGUACAAUUAGAAGAUGCCGGGGAUUACGUCUGUCGUGCUAUAAGUUCUGCAGGAGUUAUUGAGGCUAUCGCCCAAGUUAAUGUCGUUUCUCCUCCUGGUCUAGUGAAAACUCCACCUUAUUCGGUAACUGCUUUGGAGGGCGUACGCUUAGAACUCCCAUGCAAAGCACUUGGUUCUCCCAUCCCGGAUGUGCGCUGGAUGCGGCAUAAUCCUGAAACAUACUUGGUGGCAGAUGCCGGCAACUCAGUUGAUCGUAUAGUCAUGACCCCAACUGGGACAUUACUGAUAUAUGCUGCUAGACCAGAUGACUCAUCUACGUAUGAAUGUCGUGCAUCGUCUCCCGCCGGUUUGACACGCAGCGUAACUAUUUUGAGUGUCCAACCAAAUCCCAGUCUUGAACCUGCUAGAGUUGGUGCAUUCUCGGCUAACCGCUUGACUUACCCCGUUUCACUACGGCACAACACAGUCAGAAUCAUUUGUGAGUUCCCGAACGUUUCCAUCGCGAACGAACAAUCUCGUUCUAAAGUCGGACAGCCUACAUCUAUCAGAAAUGACAAAGCUUCCAUUUUGUGGCUAGUCGAUGGGAAAUCAUUACGUACACGUUUCCCCGACUCAAACAAGACCCAAAUCGAGCGUACUGGCUCCCUGCUUAUUCAUGAUUUUGGAUCCACCGAUAAAGGUAAUUACACAUGCACUGUGUUUAAUCACAUCAGUCGGAGGUAUUCUACUUGGAACUUCGAAGUUCUAGUUGAUGCGGAUAAUAAAAAUCCAGAUUACAGACUCUUGGAAUCCUCUUCUCUGCCGCAACCUCCAACAUCCUUUACUGUUACAGGCAUUGGUGACACUUGGAUGAGUUUUCAAUGGAUCGAUGAUACUGACAGCGAUCCUUCAGCUGCUGUUUAUAAGUUAUUUUACCUUCCUGUUAUAUCCGGUUAUUCCGCUGAUGCUAGUGAAAAACGUGAUCAACCUGAUGAUUUGACUAAUAGACAAGGAAAAAUGUCACCGAAGUUAGACGUUUGGAUGCAUUCACCUGAUAUUUUACGGAACACACAAGCGCGAAUAUCUAAUCUCCUACCAAAUACUGGUUAUUGGGUUGAAGUGAGAAAGACCAAUCGAAUAGGAACAAGUUCCGGAUUGAUUUAUCCACAGAUCUUGUACACACUAAAAAAGCCUAACACGGCCAUGUUUAUUGGCGGAUUAAAUAACAACUCAGGAUUCGAUCAAAGGACAGAUCGUACACAUUCUUUAGUCAACAGCAACACCGCUGUAGAUUAUCAAGAAAUGUCAACAAGCUUUCAAUCAAUAAGCUUUUCCGACAUAAAAGUUCGUAGUCUGACAUCUACGGAAAUUUUGACGAGCUGGACAACACGUUCGGCUGGUAACAUACUGAAUCAAAUCGACGGCUUUCGCAUGAAUAUCAAACCAGUCCCAAUGACUCGAUGCUUGGUGACGGCUACGUCAGGAUCGUUGGAUCAGCUAUCUUCCUUUCCGUAUCAAGAUCGUGCCAAAGCUCCAUUAGAAUUGGACGGUACUGUUCCGCCCUCUGAUGCAUAUAUGUCACCUGUUCAUUGUAGUCUGUCUUCGGAUUCUUUAAUUCAGCAAAUCAUUCGGAUGUCUAAUACUGUUGCGAAUUUUCCCGGAAGCCAAUAUGGUCAUUCGUUUCGUGCUCCGGAAGCACGAACAGUGAUCGUUGGCCGCUCCAUUUCAUCGGUCAAUCCAACAACAAAAGCCGUUGGGGGCGGUCUUCUUCCUUUCACAUGCUACGAAGUUGAUGUCGAGGCUUUUCGAGACGACUUUGUGUACGGGCGCUUGUGGAGUAGAACAAGUCGCUCUACUCUGGCUCUAACUUUGGACUCUUCGCCAAGUCAUUCUCCUUAUCUUUUGAGUGCACAGUGGCUGUUUGAUGUUGUUGGUAUUGGAAACGAAUCGAUUUCGGAUCGUUCUGCAGCAAAAUUUAACGUUGUACGUCUCGCUUGGAGGCCUUUGGAACUUCGUAUGGCCCACGGUGCGCUUAUCGGAUAUGCGAUUCACUUUUUGGCAAACGAUACACAACAAAGCCGAACAAUACACGUCCCGGCAGAUGCAGUCACACGUGAUAUAUUUGGUUUGAGCCCUCACGUGGAAUACACAAUCUACUUGGCUGGUGUGACGUGCCGAGGCGAAGGAGUCCGUGGUUCUGGUUUCCGCUUGCCACCGGCUAUCUCUCUUUGGCGCAAAACAAAUGCAGCAGAGUUUUCUGAAUUGGAAGUUGACAAAAAUUCAAGUUUUUAUUUCCCUCCUUGGGCUUAUGGAAUAAUCGCAGGAAUUGUGUUGUUUUGGAUCAUGAUUGGUUUGCUCGCCCCACUUUUGGUACGUUGCUCAUCCGGGAAGCGACAUGUUCGCAGUGCAGAUAAUGUUGCCUCGUUUUCCACUCGAAACAAAACCGGUUCAACUGGUCACCGGAGUCACUCAUCGAGACUUGCUUUCCAGUCGUGGCACUGGUGUGUCUGGAACGAAUCUGUACGACCGGAUAGGAUAGCUGAAACCAAAAGUCAAUCAUCUGCGGACGGUGCGAUAACCAGAGGAACUGAGUCUGGUCCAGAUUAUGCGCUGACUCCCGCAUUGUCUGAGAAUCAAGUGGAAAUGACUACACUUUUGCAGCGUCCAGCGGACGCGCAAACUUCGUCCAGUCCCUCAGAACGCACAACCAGUGAAACACAUGGUAGACAGUUUGAACUACGGCGUGCGGUGCUUUCCAGGGCCACCCGAAGCCAGUCAAUUCCAAAAUUGUCAGCUGAAUCGUCCAAGCAAGAUUACGAUUCAUCCAAUCUGUUAUCGGGAGACGAUGCUGAAGUGUACGCAAACAGUGAUCCAUCCGUUGUCUCCAAUCCGCAUAGUUCAUCUCCGCACAAUCUCGCAUCUGUUCUAUCCGGCCAGAAUAGUCAGAGAGUUGUUUCUGCGAAUCCAACCAUGAGUAAACCACAACUGCCAGAAUCGAUUAACAUUCCCUUCCCGUUGCCUCCCAAUUGUCAACGAAGUGAUUUCGUUCCAGUAUCCGAUGAAAAUUCAAACACAAUUAGUAAUCCCAAUCCUAUUUCUGAGUACAUUGAUUCAAUUUAUUCUCAAGGAAUACAGAUUUAUCCCACUGUUAAAAAUGAUGGACAUGACGAUGUGGUUCCCCCGUAUGCCAGUUGUACAGUGCUUCCUGUUCCCCAUCAAACUUUCUCCGGUUCAUUCACUCGUCCAAUGCAUGAAGCUACGUUACCACGGAGCAGCUUUUUUGUUCCAGACUCAUUUGUAAGUUGUUGCCGUUUACUGAAAGAUUCUUUGUUGACAUUUUGUAUCAUGGCUAGAGUGAAUUAUAUAACAGAAUUGUCCAUCAUUCAUGGGAUCGAAAAGCUUGUGAAACUGCUUGGUUGGCACUAG